AUGAGGGAGACGACGGCGAGAAGAGCAGCGGGGCUUUUGUGGCGAACGACGACCACCGCCGCUUGGGGGAGCAAAGUGCGAGGAGGAACAGGAGGGACGAAUAGGAGUAGUAGCAGCAUCACGGCACCAUCAUCACCGUUGGGGACAACGAGUGCAAAGAAUGGAAUCAUUUUUCAUCGGCGCUUUUAUUAUAACUCUUUGAGAAGAACAACAACGAUUGGUGGUAAAGGUGGUUUGACGACGACUUCGACGACGCGUUCGCGUCGUCAUCGUUUUCUUCAUCCGUCGUCUGAAUCGUCUUUUUUGAUGGUAAAGACGUUAACGUCGUCUCCUUCGAAACCAACGGAACAACAGAAUAAACCGACACCGAUGAGGGAGUUGAGAGACGAGUUUUUGAACGCGAAUUCGGUGGCGUAUUUAGAAGAGAUGGAGAAACGAUUUAAAGAGGAGGGGGGUGAAAUAGGGAUGGAUAAAUCGUGGUCGACUUUACUUAAGAGUUUAGAUAAAGGGAUGACCGGGAAAGAGUUGUCGUCGAUGUGGGAAGACGCGAAGAACGGGAACGCGCCGUUGGCGAGAGAGAGGAGAGCUACGCCAAGCAGUUCGACGGCUCCGUCUGAAGUCACCUCAGAUUUGAUUCAAGAAUCCAUGCGCUUACUUUUAUUGGUUCGCGCAUACCAAUCAGCUGGCCACGAGAUGGCUACGCUCGAUCCGUUAGGGAUGGAGAAGAAGAGCGUAAACGUGUCGUUGGAUCCUGAGUUGUACGGUUUCACGGAGAAAGAUUUAGAUCGCGAGUUUUUCCUAGGAACUUGGCGCAUGAAAGGUUUCUUAGCUGAAGAUCAACCGUAUUGGACGUUGAGAGAUAUUUUGUCUCGAUUAAGAGAGACGUAUUGUGGGAACAUAGGGUACGAAUACAUGCACAUAAUGGAUCGCGAGAAGUGUAACUGGUUGCGAGAACAGAUUGAGACGCCUACUCAAAAAGGAUACAAACCAGAACGGAAGAAGAUUCUGUUUGAGCGAUUAGCGCGCGCGGAAUUGUUCGAGACGUUUUUAUCGAACAAGUACACCGCGGCGAAACGAUUUGGAUUGGAAGGGUGCGAAACAUUGAUUCCCGGGUUUGAAGAAGCCGUCGAUCGAGCGGCGGAUUUGGGAGUGAAGAACAUCAACAUUGGCAUGCCGCACAGAGGACGUUUGAACGUCUUAGCGAACGUUAUUCGUAAGCCGUUACAAACUAUCUUCAACGAGUUUAAAGGUGGACCGAAACCAACUGGCGAGUUGGGCUUGAGCGGAUCGCAAUACACCGGUUCCGGGGACGUGAAAUAUCACUUGGGUACGUCCGUGGUCACCAGAAGAGGCGUGAACCAAGAUAAGAAAGUCCAACUGUCGUUACUCGCGAACCCGUCGCACUUAGAAGCCGUAGAUACAGUGGUCAUCGGCAAAUGCGCGGCGAGACAGUUUUAUACAAAAGACUAUGAGAAAGAAACGGUCAUCCCGGUGCUUUUACACGGCGAUGGCGCUUUUUCCGGUCAAGGUAUCGUGUACGAGACGUUGGAUAUGUCGCAACUUCCGGAAUACCACGUUGGAGGUACUUUGCACAUUGUCGUGAACAAUCAAGUCGCCUUUACGACCGAUCCCAAACAUUCGAGAUCGUCUAUGUAUUGUACUGACGUCGCAAAGUGCAUCGAAGCGCCGGUGUUCCACGUCAACGGGGACGAUGUCGAAGCCGUCGCGUGGGUCAUGCAACUCGCCUUGGAGUGGCGACAAAAGUUCAAAGCCGACGCGGUCGUCGAUAUCGUGUGCUACAGAAAGUUUGGUCACAAUGAAAUCGACGAACCGAUGUUCACGCAGCCUUUGAUGUAUAAAGUGAUCAAAAAACACGUCUCGGCGCAUCAACAAUACGCGGAAAAGUUGAUUAAGGAAGGCGUUUUAACAGCGGAUGAGGUGAAAGCAAAACACGCGGAAAUCUUGAAAGAGUUAGAUACGGAGUUUGAGAUGUCGAAGAACUACGUCCCGAAGUUUCGCGAUUGGGUUUCGUCGCACUGGCAAGGCUUUAAAUCGCCCGAUCAAUUCGCGUCCAUUCGCAACACUGGCGUCGACCCGCAAGUCUUGAGAGAAGUUGGCGCGAAAAUUACCGAAAUUCCAGAAACGUUUACGCCGCACAAAACCGUCAAGCGCGUGUACGAUGCCAGAAGGAAAAUGUUUGAAACCGGAGAGAAUGUUGAUUGGGCUACCGCGGAAAUGCUUGCGUUUGGUACUCUGCUGAACGAAGGUAACCACGUGCGCUUAUCCGGCCAAGACGUCGAAAGAGGUACGUUUUCUCACCGACACGCGGUUAUCAAAGAUCAAAGUACCGGUGAAAGGUUUGUACCGUUGCGUAACUUAUACCGAGACAAAAUGGCCGAAAAGGGCUUGAAGUAUUUUACGGUGUGUAACUCAUCCUUGUCGGAAUUCGGCGUCCUCGGUUUUGAGCUCGGAUAUUCUUUGGACAAUCCGAACUCGUUGGUCAUUUGGGAAGCGCAGUUUGGCGAUUUUGCCAACUCUGCGCAAGUUAUUAUCGAUCAGUUCAUCUCCUCUGGCGAAGCGAAGUGGUUGAGACAAACUGGUUUGACGUUGCUCCUCCCGCACGGCUACGACGGUCAAGGUCCAGAACACUCCUCUGCUCGAUUGGAAAGGUUCUUACAAAUGUCUGACGAAGAUCCUCGCGUCGUUCCGGACAUGUCCCAAACCAAGCGAUUAGCCAUUCAAGGCACAAAUUGGCAAAUCUGUAACGUCACCACCCCGGCCAAUUACUUCCACCUCCUCCGACGCCAAAUCCACCGCGAUUACCGCAAGCCCUUGAUUGUCAUGUCGCCGAAGAACCUGUUGCGUCAUCCCAAAUGCCUCUCGCCUUUGAGUGAAUUCGACGACGUCGAUUCUCUCACCGACGCUCAAGGCACGCGAUUUAAACGUUUAAUCAUGGACAAAACGGCUAAAGUGCGCGGUUUAACCAACAUUCCAGUCGAAGACCACGUUCAGCGUCUCGUUUUCUGUUCGGGUAAAGUCUACUACGAGUUGGAUGCCGAACGUGAAGCGUUGAAAGCGGAAGACACCAUUAAAAUUUGCCGCAUCGAACAGUUAGCCCCGUUCCCGUGGGAUUUAGUCGAGCGCGAAUUAAAACGCUAUCCAAACGCCGAAGUCGUCUGGUGUCAAGAAGAACCGUUAAACAUGGGCGCGUACACCCACGUCGACCAACGCAUACGCACGCUGUUCAAGCACCUCGGCAAAGAAGGCGAGUUGAAAUACGCCGGUCGAAACCAAGCCGCCAGUCCGUCCACUGGCUACGGGUCCGUCCACGCGGAAGAGCAAAUCAAACUCAUCAAAGACGCGUUGGUUUUAUAA